UUUCAGAUCAGAAUCAUCAGUGUACAUCAGGUAUAAAAAAUAUACCUGGAAAGUAAUCACCUGACAGAUGUGGACCUCUUGGAAUGUAUCAGGAAAGGAAGUGACAGAUUACUUCACAUCAGGAGAAUGUGGAGUCCAAAACACUGUCAACAUUUAGUAAGGGAAUGUAACCAUGGAAUAUAUACUACCAGGAAUGUGCAAAUCUUAAAUUCAAAUUACUUAUUGGUUGACUCGAGAAAAGUGUUUAUGUGAAGCAUAAGACCAAAAUCGUCCAAACAACCCAAAGAAAAGAGUUCUUCUAGAAAGAUAUCGAAAACCAGACGAUUGGAUCUUCACAGAUAUGUUGUUUAGCUAAACGUGUGUCUGCUUAAUCGUUAUUGGAGGACUUGGCCAAUAUUUAAUAAACAGGUGUCUUCACAUUAAAUUGACGUCACAGUAUUUGAAGAUCGGCGCUUUGUCUCGCAUACAAGACACAAGGUAGCCCUGAACGGACUAGUGUGACUGCACGACAAGUGUUAUACGAACUUAUGGCUUCAAACCUGUGGUAGUCACAUCGUAACAUUUCACUACACAACUUCGCGUCAUUCACAACAAUGGCGGGUCAUCUAGGACGCUUGGUGUUGGUACUUUACGUGACAACAUUGUGUUAUUUGAUGGUGAGCGCUGAACAGAAGUUACAGUGCCAGGAUGUCACCAUACCGAUGUGUCGUGGAAUAGGUUACAACUUUACGUACAUGCCGAACCAGUUCAAUCACGAGACCCAGGAAGAAGCUGGACUGGAGGUUCAUCAGUUUUAUCCUUUGGUAGAGAUAAAAUGUUCGCCGGACCUCCGAUUGUUUCUGUGUAGUAUGUAUGCACCUAUCUGUAUGGAAGGAUACAACAAUCAUCUCCCCGCAUGUCGCCCCGUGUGUGAACGAGCACGUGCUGGAUGUGCACCCCUGAUGGCCCAGUACGGAUUUCAGUGGCCGGAGCGUAUGAAUUGUGAUAACCUUCCGUUGUCUGGACUAUGUGUGGAUGCUAACGCAACUGAUAGUUCAACAGCAUCUCCGCGUCCACAACCUACACCUCCCCAUGGCGACCGUCGUCCUCCCGAUAAAAAAUACAUCCCGGAUAUACCACCACAGAAACCUAACAAACCUCGGAUACCCACAACAGUAAAAAAGGACGUAUAUCCGGAGUGUUGUCAGUGUAAAAUGGUGCGUCUGGAGCAGUCGAGUGGAUUUUAUAACGAGAUAGUGACCGGAGGACUGGACAACUGUGCCCUUAACUGUACCAGUCCGUACUUUUCAUCCGACGAGAUGACAUUCGCCUCGUUUUGGAUAGGUUUGUGGUCCAUCCUGUGUUGUAUCUCUACUGCUAUGACGGUGCUGACAUUUUUUGUGGAUAUGCAAAGAUUUAAGUAUCCAGAGCGUCCUAUCGUCUUCCUUAGCGCGUGCUACUUCAUGGUCAGCUGCGGCUACAUCAUUCGCCUAAUCGUUGGUCACGCGGCCGUCGCGUGCGAUGGAAAGAUGAUUCGUUACGAGACUACUGGUCCAGCACUUUGUACGGUUGUAUUUCUUCUUCUUUACUUCUUCGGGAUGGCGUCUUCCAUCUGGUGGGUGAUUUUGUCAUUUACAUGGUUCUUGUCUGCUGGGUUGAAGUGGGGACAGGAAGCUAUCGCCAGCUACUCCCAGUAUUUUCACGUGGCUGCCUGGCUCAUCCCUUCAGUAAUGAGCAUUGCCGUUCUGUUCAAGUCUUCCGUGGAUGGUGACCCAAUCGCCGGAGUAUGUUACGUAGGCAACCAGAACAUAGACAACCUCAGGGGAUUUGUUCUUGCUCCACUUUUUAUAUUUCUCAUCCUCGGCACUUCGUUCUUGAUGGCCGGAUUCGUGUCGUUAUUCCGGAUCCGGAGUGUGAUUAAGGCUCAGGGACGUGGGAAGACAGACAAGCUGGAGCGGUUGAUGAUUCGUAUAGGUGUGUUUUCUGUACUGUACACAGUUCCAGCUACCAUUGUGAUUGCGUGCUAUUUCUAUGAACAACAUCUCAAAGAACGAUGGGAGAAAUCUUUGGUGUGUCCGUGUUAUCAAGGUGCUAUUAAACCAGAAUAUUCUGUAUUUAUGUUGAAAUACUUCAUGUGCUUAGUUGUGGGAAUUACUUCCGGUUUCUGGAUUUGGACCGGAAAGACAGUAGAUUCCUGGAAACGUUUUUUCCAUCGGACUGCUUGUUGUUGUGAUAGAGACACUUCCGGGUAUAGCUCUCGAAUAUCGAAAUCUACGAACUCCAGUUACCCUGGUGUGAAAGCUCUCCCUCUUAGUCAGGUGUGACACAGUUCCCAUAGAAUGACUACUGAUUAAAAGCCAAAUAUUAUAUAAGUUAUAUGUGUAAACACAUGUAUCGUCUCUCGAGAUUAUCCAUAUCUAUUUGACCUAAAGAGGAAAAAAAAAUCUCUCUAAUUAGAGAUUUCUCGAUUAGCAUUAUCAAAACGCUAGCUAGUUGAUACAGAAAAAAUAUUCAAUGUUCGAUUAAGUUUUUUCUUUGUUUUGAGCAUAUAGGUCGGAUAAUCUCGUGGAAAUGUUGCUAGUUCCUGUUGUGUAACGUUUUAAGGCUGUUGAAUUGAGCGUUCAGUUAGUAGAUUGAACAGAACAAAAAUAUUUUUUUGAACAUAAAUGACAUGAAAAAAUAUUUUUUAUUGAUAUAAAACACAUUGAAACAAAUUCAAUCUAGUUGAAUUGCUUCUUAGUUGGAAAUUCGGCGGAGAACAAUGUUUAAAGAGAAGUGUUAUCCGAAUUUGCUGUUACAAUAUUAAGUUAACCAAUCGUUUGCAGUCGUAUAACAUUGUUAGGUAUUGAUGGUACCUACGUGUGAAAAAGUGCCCAUUUAUAACUGAAGUUGGCAAUGGGAAUCUUUAGUGCAAUAUUACAAUACAAAGUGUCCAGACAAGAGAUUGAUCAAUAUUGACUUACACAAAUCUUGUGUUCCUACCUGUAUGUUCCUCAAUCGUUUUUUUUUAUUUACAGUGAAAAUUAUUGAUUUUUUUUUCUUUUUAUAAAUGUACCUCAAAAGAAGGGAGCCAAUCAGUAGUGAUACGAACCAGUACUACGGCGUUUUGUCGGCUAAUUAUUGGUGGAGUGUUCUCCGUACAACACCAAACUUGGUCAACAAACUGGCAUCGCUUAUAUCUCAAGUGUUUAAUGCAUGUAAGCAAUGACUUUUAUAAAAUUUGGCAACUAAGGAAAGAGUGUAAGUAUACAUUUAAAAUUGUCACAACGCGAUAGUGGAUUAUAAGUAUUUUUUAUUUUGUGUGUUAAAACAUCGAUCUCUUACAAUUGCACGCAAAAAAAAUUUCCAAUUAUGCAAAGAAAAAUAAACAUGAUUAUUUGGAACGGGAAAAAAUACCCUUGUGAAAAUGAACGUUUUUUUCUUUUUUUUUUAUUCUUUUAUCUGUUGCCCGUAUUUUCUAACAGAACCACGUUUGAUUUAAAUGUUUGAUUUAAAUAUAUAUAUAUAUCACAUUUGAGAAUGAUAAUGUUACAUUGCCAUUUUGACAUAAGUAAUGUCAUAAAUUAUUAAUAUUUUUUGUGAGAAGCAAGAAAGUGCAUAGGGUUAAUUUUGCACGUGGUAAAGUCUAGCUUAUGUUGAUAAAAUGAUAUUAUUUACUGUAUAGUAAUGUUGAAAUGUACUAAUUGUUAUCUCCGAAUAUAGGGUAAAAUACGGAUGUUUUUUGACAGGAAAGAGAAUGAAUUAAUUCUUUCCGUAAAAUGAGAAAAACAGAUUUCUCCCGUCCUCUCUCCGACAAAAAAUAGUGUAUUGUUUACCAUACUGCCUCCGGCCGGAAGUGUGUGUCUGCGGAUGCAGGGAUCAUUAAUUAUUUUGGAAUUCUGUCAUGAAAUUGACAAAUAUUAGCCUGUAGGUGUUGUUCUUUUGUCAAUUACGUGACAGGAAACAUGAUGAGAAGAGCUGGCUGACACUCGCUACCAUUCAGUAUUAUCCUACGCCCAAAUCGGGGCUGUUGUCCUUUAACCCCUUAGAUACAAUUAACCAAUGGUCGCCUCCUUAUGUCUCUUGCGUCCCGGGAAAACAAAUUACAUCCAGUAUUUCUGCUAUAUUUUGACAAAGAUGAGUUGUUGCCUUCUGUAUCAUACGAAUUAAUUAAUGAUCCCUAUCUUGCGCAUGUGUACGAGAUAAUUUUUGUUGUUGUAUAUGCCAUAUUUAUUUAUAAGACACAAACUAUGUACAUACAUUCAUUGACACCCAAAGAUCGCCAUUUUGAUAGGAACUAUAAUUUUUGCCGUGUUAUCAUUACGUUGUUGUACUUAAGUUGUAACUUUUGGUUAUGUGUAUUCAAAUCAAGCGAU